GCUUGUUGUCCCUAAAGAAACAGACAGACACUUCGGCUAAGUCGGUUUAUAAACACAGUUUAUAAUAAUUAUGAAGUCUUGUUUCGUGUACAGCACAGGAGUGCUCUCUGUUCUUAUUAUAAUAGCAGGAAUUGCGAUGGUUCUGGCUCAUGUUUUCCAAAACCUUUUGUACAACAGGAUAAAGAAGGAAGUGGUGCUAGAAAAUGGUACCGAUGCCUUUGCUGUGUGGAAGGAUCCACCUCCGCCUGUCUACAUGCAGUUUUACUUCUUCAAUCUGACAAAUCCUAAGGAAGUGCUGUCAGGAGACAAGCCUGCUGUGAUUGAGCUUGGCCCAUACACGUACAGAGAGUAUCGGCCUAUGGAGGGAGUAAAUUUUAUGGACAACGGCACUAAAGUAGCUGCUAUUAACCCAAAAACAUACAUUUUUGAACCCAACAUGUCACGAGGAUCUGAAGAUGACAUAAUCAGGACUGUCAACAUCCCUGCAAUGACAAUAAUGAGAAAGUUUCAAAGUCCCUUCUUUCAGCGUAUAAUCUCUGAUUUGAUGAUAAGUAAAAAUGAGAGUCUUUUUGGGACGUGGAAAGUGCAAGAGCUGCUCUGGGGAUAUGAGGACCUGGUACUCAAGGAACUUCAGAAACUCCACCAUGACCUGGACCCAAACUUUGGCCUAUUUUACAAGAUGAACGGCACAGGCGAUGGAGAGUAUGUGUUUUACACCGGCAAACAGAACUAUCAGGACUUUACCCGAGUGGAUCUAUGGAGAGGCCAGAGUAUGCUGGAUUGGUGGACCACAGAUCAGUGUAACAUGAUCAAUGGAACAAAUGGAGCAACCUUUCAUCCCAUCAUCAACAAGACAGAGAAGCUUUACAUGUUUUCAUCAGAUCUCUGCAGGUCAAUCUAUGCUAUAUUUGAGUCAGAGCUGAGUGUCAGGGGAGUUCCUGCUUACCGUUUCGUCCCUCCCAGCGAAGUUUUUGCUAAUACAACCAUUAAUCCGGAUAAUGCUGGAUUUUGUGUGGGAGGAAAUUGCCUCAGUUCGGGUCUGCUGAAUGUCAGCGUCUGCAAACAAGGUGCUCCAAUCAUCAUGUCCUCUCCUCAUUUCUAUCAGGCUGAUAAGAAGUUUAGUGAUGAUGUAUACGGGAUGCGACCCAAGAAGGAGGAGCAUCAGACGGCCAUCGACAUCAACCCGCUCACUGGACUCGUGGUGCAAGCAGCAAAACGUCUUCAGGUGAACGUCUUCAUUGAGAAGCUUCCAGCCUUCAGACAAACUGGUGAUGUCAGAACUUUGGUCUAUCCAGUGAUGUACAUUAAUGAGAGUGUACUAGUCGAUGAGGAUUCAGCUAAAAAGCUUCAAAGUGUGGUUAACCAGGCCAACGUUGUGAUUAACGUGCCCUUCAUCAUUAUUGGUGUCGGCAUCUUAUUAGGCAUUGUCUUCAUCGUGCUCAUGUGUCGUCAAGAGCGGGGCACUCCUGAAGAAUCCCAGCCUUUGCUGAGCUCGUAACACAACAGGAAGUCAAAGUUUCCGUAAAUGUCUGUGUAGUCGUAAACUGAAAGUAGCUUUGCAUUGAACCGAACCUGAAACCCUUCAAUAAUGCCAGCAAAUGCAGUAUUUUCACACCUAUUUGUCACACUAGAAAGACUGACAUUUUACUUUUCAUUUGAAAACACAAUAACAAACACAUAAUCCCAGCCUAAAUAGAUUUAUUGUGUGAAUUUAGCUAGGAUAUAUUUGCAUGCCGUGCCAUAAUAGUCAUCGCUUAUCAUAAACUCUGAUAUGUCUUACAUUUCCAGGAUAGUACUAGCUUUCAUUCAUUGAUUACUUGCAGAAAUGUUAAUAAUUGUGUUUUCUGAAUAUUGUGCAUUUUUGAGUCAAGGAAUUUCCGAUAGCAAAUUGUUAGCUACAAAUUCCUCAAUUUAUAUUUAAAUUUACAUUUACAGCAUUUAGCAGAUGCUCUUAUCCAGAGUGAUGUACGCAUCUCUAUUUUAAAUCUCUAUCACUGAGUGCAUUAACUCUGGUUUACCAGGUUUCAGACUUAAGCUACCAUGAGCCUAAACAUUGUUCAGUUUCAAUUGGUCAACAUUGGUCAAUCUUUUGAAGAUACCUAGUGACUCAGCUGUCCAGACUCCUAGUGGAAGUUCAUACCCUGAGAGAUGCUGGGAUUGGACAAGCAGUGCUGGUAGCACUGAGUGUGUGUGGUGCAGUGCGAUGAGUGAUGAGGGCUUGGAGGUAAGACGGAGCUGGUCUAUUUUUUCCUUUGUAGGCAAGCAUAAGAGUUUUGAAUCUGAUGCAUGCAGCUAUCAAAAACCAGUGUAGAAAGCGGGGAGGUAUGCGAGAACUUUUGGAUCAUUUUCAGAAGAUGAAUUGCGUUCAUAGGUAGACCUGCAGAAGUGAGUUACAGUAGUCCAGUCUUGUGAUGACAUGGCCAAAUCCUUCUAAUGUUGUAGUGAAGGAACCGACAUGAGCGUGUCACAUUAGCAACAUGUGAGGAAAAGGAUAGUUGAGUGGGUUGCAAGCUGUGACUGAAGGGGAGAUCAGAUUGUUAUGCAGGGAUAUUGCAAGAUCAUGACCUGGGGAUGAAUCACAUGGAAUGACUAGCAGUUCAGUUUUGGUAGGAUUGAGCUUCAACUGAUGAGCCGUCAUCCAUGUUAAUAUGUCUGCCAGACUUGGUAAAGGGCCGGUGGUAGCCUAGUGGUUAAGGUGUUGGGCUACCAAUCGGAAGGUUGUGAGUUCGAUCCCAGCUCCUCCUAGCUGCCACUACUGGGCCCCUGAGCAAGGCCGUUAACCCUCAAUUGCUCAGCUGUGUAAAAAUGAGAUAAUGUAAGUCGCUCUGGAUAAGGGUGUCUGCCAAAUGCUGUAAAUGUAAAUAUUUAGAUCCGAACAGAAGCUGUGGUAUCUGAGGGCUCAAUAAGUUGAGUAUCAUCAGCAUAGCAGUCGUAAGAGAAGCUGUGUGAGGAAAUAACUUCACCAAGAGAGUGAGUAUACAUGGAGAGGACCACGUACUGAGCCCUGUGGGACACCACUGGAGAGUCUUCAUGGAGCAUAUAUCACUCCCCUCCAUGUAUAUUUUGCACAUACCCUUGAACAAUACACAAACAGUGGCGUCCUGUGCCAUCAUUUCAUCAGUUAAAGUGAACUUUUUUUUGUAGUUUAGGUGUUUGUUUGGUGCUUCAUCUAAUUGUGUGUAAUUUUACUGUUGGCUGAAUCUGAACAUUUUACCACUAUAAUAAUUUAUAUAGGCUUAAUAUUAUUUUUACCAUGUUUACUCUUAUUGUUGGGAAAUUCCCACUGUUCAUUGUUCAUUGAGUUUAUUUUAACUUUUGCAAAAUGUCUUGUGGAUGUCAAUGAUAUUGUGCUUUUAAAUGUCCGAAUAUUAUAUUUUAAUUUGCUUGUUGUUUGUUCUACAACUUGAACAAAUCUGAUCAUUAGCUGCAUUUUGCAAACUGGCCUCAUUUAUUAGUCUUUUAGUAAAGUUGGGAGUAAAUCUACAAAUCUCCUUAAAGGUUUGUGUUGACAGAUAGCCAUGAGGGUAAAACC